AUGCAGGUGGUUCAGAUUCCUGAAGAAUGGAUGAAUUAUGCGCAAGUCGCUUCCUUAGUAGUGAUUGUGUUCCUCUGUAUAUUACUAUUCUUCAUGUUCAGAAGUAAUCUUAAAAUUGUAUUGCUCCUGGUAGGAAUAACAAUUGUACUAUCGUCUGCGAAUCUCUUUCUUAUGUGUUGGAAACUGCAAAUUCAAUUUCAUGUAGUAUUUUUCUUGGAUUCAUCAUUCUGGAGGACGUAUUCACAAUGA